GCGCCAGCUGGGAUUCCGGGCUUUUGACAGAAUCCAACGUGUAUAAAACGAAGCGUGUAUAAGAUUGAUGUACAUAGUUGCAUCAAGUAAUUCAUUAAAAUAAUACUUGCAUAAGAUAAAGGAUUCUAUAUAUUUGUGUUACACGUUAAUCAACAUAUUUUUUACCUGAUUACAUUAUUGGUACAGUGCGGAUUAUACAUUCAAAAUGAAUAAAUCAAUGUUGAUAAUUUUUUCAAUAAUUAUUGGAAUUAUAUCUGUUACUACAGCUUUAAAAAAUGAUGAAUGUGAAGUAUGUAUUUCAACUGUGGAGAAAUUUGUUAAUACUUUAAGUGAUGAUGUAAAGAAAAAUACAAAGAAAAUAGAAGCAGCAUUUAAAGAAUUUUGUAAAGGAACUAAAUCCAAGGAGAAUAGAUUUUGCUAUUAUUUGGGUGGUUUAGAAGAAUCUGCAACAGGUAUUUUAGGUGAAUUGAGUAAACCCAUAUCUUGGUCUAUGCCUGCAAAUAAAGUAUGUGAAAAGCUGAAAAAGAUGGAUGCUCAAAUAUGUGACUUAAGAUUUGAAAAACAAAUUGAUGUUAACACUGUAGACCUGAAGAAACUCAAAGUACGUGACUUAAAAAAAAUCCUGAGUGAGUGGGAUGAAACAUGUGAAGGUUGUAUAGAAAAGACAGAUUUUAUUAAGCGAAUUGAAGAAUUGAAACCUAAAUAUUCUCAUAGUUCAAAAUCAGAACUCUGAAAAGUGUUCAGUGAUGUAGAUAAAUUAUUAGGUUAAUAUGGCUAAGCUUUUUAAUAUUAUUAUUUACGAAACUGAAAAUAUAAUUUAUUCAUUCUAAGAGAUCAUUUUAUAUAAUUGUUUAAUUGGAUUUUUAAAAGUCAGCAUAGAUACUUAAAUUCAGUAAGUAAUAUUAAAUUAUAUUUCUUUAAACUGUAUUAUUAAGCAAUAUCUUAGAUAUAAAUUAGGGAUAUUGAGUAAUGACAUUUGUUUGAGAGGAAUAACUCCUUUUAGUGUAGCCAUGUUAAUGCAAGUUAAGUAUCAUAAAAGGUGCUCCAUUUUUAUCAUACCAGUUUUAGAUAAACAUAAAUCAGUCAAAUUUUUCGUACUACAUGUUACUUUCACGAUUUUAUUUUCCAUUGCUCUUCACCAGCUAUUCUGAUACAGUGCGUUUAUACAUGUAUGAAUCCUAUUUAUACCAAAAUGUGAUGUUCAGUAUGAACAGAUGUAUAUGUGGUAAAUUACUAAUAAUGUAUUGUUACAUAUAUUUA